CUUUCAGCAUAUGGGAAUGGGCUAGAUAAAUUGGUUGAAUGCCUAGAGAGAAAAAUCGAAAAAUUCCCUCUAAGUGUUAAGUAUUUUACUGAAAAAGGCUAUUCAAUAGACAAGAUUAAGCUUCUUUUUCGAAAGGAUCCAUCUCACUACGUCUCUGCAUCUGGAAUGUUUAACGAUUCUCUAUACAAAAGUAGCAGGGUAGAACUUAAGCUCAUGACAGAUAUGGAUGAGUAUCUGAUAGUUGAAAAUGGAAUCC